AUGAAGGCACCAGGUCUCGAUCAUAUUACAGGCAAAAUGAUAAAAUUACUCCCUGACAAGGUUUUCAUUGACAGUAGCAAUCCAGAACAAGUUAAUGAUGUUACAUAUAUUAAGCACCAUGAACAACUUCCUUGUUUCUGCAGUUUAGUGUUUGUUUCAUUCUGGAUAGCUCUAUUCUGUGGUCUAGUUUUACCAAAUUUCCAUUAUGUGCCUAAGGGUUUAACUAUAAUGAAUCACCAAGGAAAUGACACUGAUUUUGUUGCAGAACGUGCUAUGAAUAUACUUAAGGAAUUGGAAAUAAUAGGACCAAAGGUUGUGGGUAGUUAUGCGAAUGAAAAUUUGACUGUACAACUACUCCUCAAUAAACUCAUAAAUAUAAAAGAAAGUCUACAUAAGGAUCUUUUUAAUAUGGAGAUCGAUCAGCAAAUUGUAUCAGGGGCUUAUAUACACUGGCAAAUGGUAAACAUGUACCAAGGAGUACAAAAUGUGGUAGUUAAGUUUUCCUCAAAAAAUUCCACUAGUGAAUCAGCUUUAUUAAUUAACAGUCACUUCGAUUCCAAACCAGGAAGUCCAGGAUCUGGUGAUGAUGGAGUCAUGGUUGUUACUAUGCUAGAGGCGCUAAGAGUACUGUCUACAACUCGCGAGACUUUAAGACAUACAAUAAUAUUUCUUUUCAACGGAGCAGAGGAAAAUCCCUUACAAGCUUCACAUGGUUUUAUAACACAACAUAAAUGGGCCAAAUAUUGCAAAGCAGUUAUAAAUUUAGACUCUGCUGGAAGUGGGAAUCGUGAAAUAUUAUUUCAAACAGGUCCAAAUCACCCAUGGCUUAUAAAGUACUAUAGUCAGCAUGUGAAGCGCCCAUUUGCGACUACUAUGGCUGAGGAAAUAUUCCAAGCAAAUCUUUUGCCCUCAGAUACAGAUUUUCGCAUUUUUAGGGAUUUUGGAAAAAUUCCAGGCUUGGAUUUGGCGCAUACAUAUAACGGAUAUGUAUACCACACAGCUUUUGACAGAACAAAUGUUAUAUCGUUGGGAAGCAUUCAAAAUACGGGCAAUAACCUAAUAUCAUUAAUACGGGCUUUAGGCAAUGCUUAUGAGUUGGAUAAUCCAUCGUUAUACGCUAAAGGGCACACCAUAUUUUAUGACUUCCUUGGCUUUUUUCUAAUUAAUUAUUCAGCAACUGACGGGCUGAAAAUUAAUUUUUGUACAUCAGUCUUGACCAUCAUUCUAGUAGGAAUUUCUAUUUGGCGCAUGGCAGCUGUAGUUUCGAUUUCUAUGACUUAUUUUUGGGCUAUAACUGUUCUCAUUGGUCAGAUAAUGCCUUUUUUGUACUUUAGUUAUGUCACAGUUAUAUUCUUAUUCACACUUAUACCCAUGAUGGGACGCUAUGGCACUGCUUUAAAUCCAGAUAUUGUUAUAGGUAGUCUUUGCUGUUUUGGAACAUUAUUAGCAGGAGGGUUUCUGAUACAUUUAUUUCAUUUUUUUCGACGAACUAAAUUGCUUGUUACUUUUAUACUCAUUGUCUACUUUGUAUUUCUGAUAAUUGCUACAACACCAGUUGGGUUUCCAUAUAGAUCUAAGACUAACGUUGACAGAGUCAAUUUCUUGCACGUUUAUCGAAUUUUUUAUGAUUAUGCUGGAAAUAUCAGUCUUAAUGAUAGCGGUUAUUAUUUCGAUUUCCAGGAUAGAAAUGCAGAGCGGCCCAUGAAGUCUUUUAUUGAUUUAAGUUCUAUGAAAAGCAUUGAUGAAGACUGUAAACGAUACAUGAUGUGUGGACUUCCUUUAUUUAAUCAUCGGAUGUAUGCUGCACGAAAAUAUGGAAAGUGGUUUCCCACUUAUAACUCAACACAAAUUUUACCUCUGCCUUCAUUGCGCUUAAUUGAAAAAUAUAAUAUAACAGAUCUAACUUUACGGUAUGAAUUUGAGCUAGAAGGACCUUCUCAUAUGAGUAUUUUUAUUCAACCCUUUGAUUAUGCUUCUAUAUCCAACUGGUCAUUUUUAAAGGAAAAACUUUUACGAUGGCAACCACCAUAUCACAUAUAUUUUUCAUAUGGUAUUGAUAGAUCACCUUUGAAAUUUUAUUUAAAUCUUACGGCAAAAAAUGGUACAAUUGACGAAAACACACCGCUUUUCGAACUCGGUGUUGCUGCUCAUUAUAUAAGUUACGAGCACAAGCGCGAAGAAAACGUCACAGCAUUCAUAGGAAAGUUUCCGAAAUAUGUACAUGCAAUGGAAUGGCCAAGCAUAUAUGAACGAUACAUAUUUUGA